UUGGUUGUUUUCUAGUUGUGCGUAAUUGGCUGGCACGAUUUGAGUGAUUGGGAAUUGACUCGGAAAGUUUGAGGGGUUGUCCUCAGAAGGGAAUUUUACACACGUUGAAUGAAUCAGCAUUCGAGGUACCGUAGGAGACACUUCUGAGUGUCUGGCAGUUUUACUUUUCGGCAAGAACGCGCAUGCACGCUUCUGUCUGUUCCCCCCAACUGCUUCAAGAAGCCAUUCAGUGCAUUCUGCCUCCAUGCUCCCUACCAACAUGCAUCAGAGGGCACCGGGCAUUCGUAGAAGACAUGCAGCAGUUGCAAUUUCUGAACAAUUCUGUCCAGGUGACUGUGUCCAGGUUAUGACGACUAAUCCAAAGCCAAACAAAGCAUUUAAGGUCAAGGAGGAGUCGGGAGAAAACGCCCCGGUGCUGAGCGAUGAUGAACUCGUGUCGAUGUCUGUGCGGGAGUUGAACCAGCACCUGCGAGGUCUCACCAAAGAGGAGGUGAUUCGCUUGAAGCAACGGCGGCGGACGCUCAAGAACCGGGGCUACGCGGCCAGCUGCCGGAUCAAGCGGGUGACGCAGAAGGAGGAACUGGAGAGGCAGCGGGUGGAGCUGCAGCAGGAAGUGGAGAAGCUGGCUCGGGAGAACAGCAGCAUGAAAUUGGAGCUGGAUGCCUUGCGCUCCAAGUACGAAGCCCUGCAGACCUUCGCGCGCACCGUGGCCCGCGGCCCCAUCACCCCCACCAAAGUGGCCACCACCAGCGUCAUCACCAUCGUCAAGUCCGCCGAAAUCUCCUCCAGCUCCGUGCCGUUUUCAGCAGCGUCCUAAUGUCCAAGGAGAGAGAACUCGCUGCCUGGCUGGAAGAGGGGACUCGGCAGAGCCCGCUUCUUCUUCCCUCGAGUCAGACGUCCGCCUUCCCCCCCCAGAAAGGGAGCUGGCCAGCCACGUAGCGGCAGGCUCUCUGACGGGGAAAGUUGAACUGGCGGCUUUACCUCUGGCUCAGUAAGCCCUUCGGGGGCUGAAAUUGAAAUUCCACAUCUAGCCCUGCAGGAAUCCGACGGAGGCGCCUCGCACAGCUCUUCCUUGCUGGUCUUCGCUUAAGCCCGAGUCGACAUGAGGUAUCGAAGGAACGGGCGCUCGGUGAAAAUUUCAAACGGAUAACAUGGUAGAAUCGUCAGGCCACGGGGAAAAGAAACAACCCCCCUUCCUCUAGUUAGGAAAGAAAAGAAAAAGCAGCCCCGUCGUAGCUGUCUUUAUAGGUUGUGGGGGGGAUCGAGGUUUUGGGACAGUUCCUGCACCCCAAUUUUCACAGCCCGAGGUGUUUUCUCUCCAAACCCAGACGGUGAAGGGUGAGCGGAUCUUCAGCUCAUCGUCUGGGCCCUGCUGCUGUUCCGUCCCUGCCGGAGGUCCUUUUGGUCAGGAGUCCAGUAAGAUGGAACAGCGUCUACAAUGCAAAAACGUCACUGAAGCUGCUUCCCAUGAUGUGCCUGUGAAUUGGGCCUCCUUUUUUUGAUGUGGUUGUGUGGCUUCCAAACAAUACAUUUUGGUCAGUGUCAUCAUCCAGGUUCUACAGUGUCGUAGGGUGAGGGGGGGCGGGAUGGGAAAUGUACGGUGAGCAGGCAAUGUGGGGCUAGACUUGGUGGCUAGGUUGUGUGAGAAAAAAAAGAUAAUUUACCAGAAGAGGAACUCAUGGAAAAGGAUAGUGCGGUCAAAUUGAUGCCUUUGAAUCAGCAUGACUUAGAAACAUUGAAAGGUUUAUAAGUCCAAGACACGCUGGGGAAAAAAGCGGGGGGGAUCUUUUUGGACAAGGAAGAUUCAAAAAGAAAUGUGAAUUCAACCCACAGCCUUACCCAUAAUAUUUCCUCUUGUUUUGGGGCUCUUGAACAUCAAGAGACGUCAAAAGUGAACGUGAAGUAAAAAGCAGGAAGAAUUAGAUCUAAACAGCUACAGGGAAUCGGGCUCCUUGAGAUAAUGCUCAGCAAGCUUCGAAGAUAACAAAUUGCGCAGAGGAACCCAGGAAGAUUUAGAAGUUGGUACCUUUGGGGGGUUUUUUUUUGGAGGCAAAUUAAAUUGGGUCUUGUGGUUCUGAGAAGCAGGGAGAAAAUCGGAGCUCGCCAACAGGGCGAGAAGGAAGGAUAUAGGCUGCUGUUUGUAUGUGUGCAGAGAAUGAGGCGAGUGCGUGGAUGGAGUUUGCUCGGACUAAGAAGAUGGUAUAGAGAGCAGAGCAGAGAGAAAGCAGUUUGUGGAUUUACAGAGGAGGCAGAGGGAUGAGCGAUGGUUAGAGUUGGGUUGUUGGUGAGGGAUGAUGAAGAGCAGGGAAAGAAGGCUUGGAACUGGGAGCUGCGAGGCGAGUAAGCUGCCCUUCCAAAGUCCUUUUGUGCCGUUUUUGUAAGGUUUCUAGAGUAAAGAGCUCUGAAACUUCCAAUGGGAGAACCGAAGCCUCAGGUAAAGGUCUCUUCAGAUGGGUCAGUAAUAAAAUUGCUGCCUCCUGCUCGGCUGAAGCCAACUCAGCAGAGAGAAAAUUCCAAUUUUCUGUUGGAAUCUGGGGCAACAUUUACAUGGUGGCAUCGUCCAAAUGUUGUGCCUCGCCCACAUGUGGCGAUCUAGGACUGAUUCCAGUUGCCCCAGGCGUCUUACAUGUUUGCAUCCCCCGUCUUGUCAAACACGUCCCCUCUGUUGGGGUUGGAUUUGAACUGAAGACCUGGCUUCCCCAAAUCCUAGUUCCUGUGGUGUUUUCUUGGGCUGUCUCAAAACUCCCACUUAACGUUCCGCUGCAGCUAAUACCGGUAGAUUGUGACCUCUCUUCUGUGGGUGCAUUCAUAAUUGAAAGCAAAUAAGGAAGAGUUAAGAGUUAGCCCUUAACCUCUGUGUAGGUGAAUCCUGGGUGGAGUUACUAACACUGUGAAUGUAGCACUAGUGGUAGUUGGGUGCAUGGACAGCACAGAUCUUGUACCACACCUUCAGCAUAUGUAGACUUGUUGGCACUUAAUGCUCUUCUGUGCCAUUCAGUAGUUUAGUGGUGAGGAGGGGGCUAAUUUUGACUGCCCAGAUCAGGAAGAACGAGCAAAGCUAAUGGCUAUGUGUCCACUUCGUUGGCUUCAGAUGAACUCACAAGUGGGGGGUCUCCCUCCAGCCUCCCCUAACCCUCUUGAAGACCAGUUAACACCUGGUGUUUAUCCUUGCUGCUUUGGACUCCCUCACAAAAAGUUUGAGGAAGAAAAGGAGUUGAGUUGCUUUAUGUUAUUUUUCUCUGAAAAUGUGCUUUGGGACACCCUGAGUCCUCUGCAAGCUUCCUGAAUCCUUCAAAGCAGAGGAAGGAGUUAGAUUGCACUGUCUGAGUUUCAGAAAAUAAAUGCCAGUGGCCCGAGUGGGCAUAAGAAACUUGGAAAUGUUGGAUCCUCUCCUCUCCCCUCCAGGGCCAGCUGAAAGCUGAGCCCUGGAAAACGGGGGACGAGUUAACUGGGCUCCACCAAGAUGGAACAAAUGUUUAGAGGUGCCUUCCCCAACCUGGUGUCCCCCAAAUACAUCCCACUACAGCUCUCCUGGGCUCUUAGUCAACAAAGGCCAUGAUGUUCCUAGCUCCUGGUUGAAAGCUGCUACAUCUGAGGAAGACAUGGACUAUUGAUGAAGGAAACUGCGCCAUCCGUCCUAAAUUCUAAUGGUGUUCUUUCUCGAUUGGCCGAGUGUUGAUUGCCCUGCAGCUCUUGACUCUAGCUUUGGCCUCCCCUUGUUCCCCUUCUCUCUGGUGUUGGAUGGGGCGCCCUUGGUCAACUCCAGAAGGGGUCCUCCGUAUUUGUGCGAUGCUUCCUUGUGACUGAGAAGUCUUCCCUAGUUUUAGGAGAUGGACAAGCAAUUAUGGACCUAGGCAGAAGUUGAAGGGAGAUGCUCUGGCAACUGUAAACCCACCGAAAUUCUUGAGUGCAUCCAAGGGAGGCCCAACCAUAGUUAACACCAUUGUGGUGGCCUUGACUUGGUAAAAGCUACGCAUUGGGCUUAUCCCUAGAGAGUUCCACCAGGGUUUGUUUUUUCCUGCUGUGGUUAGGGCCUCUCACCUUGUCCAUUGACCAACCUCUGUGUACUUUCAUCCUAGCAGCUAUGAACUCCUCGGCCACCCCUGUCACAUGUGGGUGGCGCAUUGGAAGGGGAAGCCAAUGGCUGAUCCGACAACGAGGCUGUUGUACAAGAUGAGGUGCUAGUUGGACUAACCCUCUGGUAGGGGAAAACACCUCUAAAGGAAGAAGUCCUCUUGACCUCCAAAUGCAGCCAUCUUUACUGCUUUUUUGGAGAACAGAGAGAAGCUUCUGUGGGGUACAAGCAUCUCCUCCCCGCUUCUUGGGUUGGUGUCCAUUUCCCUUGCAAUCAGGCAUCAAAAGGCUUAAAUCAGAAUUAAAAGCUGUUGAUACCAUAGUCAUGGUAGGUAAUCCAUAUUGGAUAUCAAUUUAAGGGCCACUUGGAAAUAUUUGAGAGACAUAUGCAUAUAGAUACAGAUAUAUGUGUGUGU